CCUAUUGGGCAGGGGCAUGCAUUGUAGUGGCAGCUGUCGGGGGCUUGCAGCAGCAGCAGCAGCGAUUCCCGUAAUGUGUCCGGUAUAGUAUGGCCGAGGGUGGGGGCAGCGCGGUGCUUCCUGUAGGUUCCACUUCGCCAGGUGACCAUGAGCGGGCCGAGGCCGGGGAUAAGGGGCGCUCCGUGGGGCCUGCUCCAGACCCGCCAGAGACCCACUACCACAGGCAGGAGAACGAGCUGCAGGUCCUGGAUGCCAUCUAUGGGAAAGACUUCGAAGACCUGAGGAAGAACUCCGCCUGGAAGGUCCAGCAACCUCCAGAAAUCACCCUUGCAUUACGUCCUCUUGGUAAUGAAGUUCAUGUGAAUGUAGACCUUUGGAUUAAAUGCCCUCAAACCUACCCAGAUGUUCCUCCAGAGAUCAAGCUGAAAAAUGUUAAAGGAUUAUCAAAUGAAAAUGUGAAUUCUCUGACGUCAAGUUUGGAAGAAUUGGCCAAACAACUAUGUGGAGAGGUCAUGAUCUAUCAGCUGGCGGACCAUAUACAGUGUUACUUAACUGAAAAGAACCAUCCACCCCCGAAGUCAUUUCAUGAUGAAAUGCUGAAGAAUAUUCAAAAACAGCAGGAAAAAAAUGCCCUCGAAGAAGAAAAACGAAUGCAAGAAAUAAAGCGCAAAGAGGAACAAGCGAGGCGUGAAAUUCUUGAUGAAAUCCAGAGGAGGGAAGAAGAGAAAAAGGAAGAAAAGAGGAGAAUGGAAAUUGCAAAGCAGGAGAGGCUUGAAAAUGCCAACUUAACAUGUCAGGAAAAUUCAACCAAGAUCACCAAUACAGGAGCCAGAACACCAACCAAUUGUAAUGGAACAUCAGCAGAUCAGGGAGGAAAUACCAGACAUCGCCCUACUUCUACUGGUCGUUCAAAGCGCGACCGACAGUUUUCUGUUUGUAGCAGUGAUGACCAAGCAGCAUCAUAUGAAGUUUUGGUGUUUGAUAUUGGAUGCAGUGGCCAACUUGUUGUCCACAGAGGGAAAUGCCUUGGGAAAGAUGAGCAGCUUGGCAAAUCUGUCUACAAUGGCUUGGAUGUUUCUUCUGGACAAUUUGUCAUUGUGUAUGAAUGGCUCCUCCAGUGGCAGAAAAAGAUGGGAAAGUUUCUUACUAGCCAAGAAAUUGAGAAAGUAGACAAGUGUAAAAAACAGAUUCAUGGCACGGAAUCUGAAUUUAAUUCGCUCAUCAAACUCAGCCACCCUAACAUAGUGCACUAUCUAGCGAUGACGAUUAAGGAGAGAGAAGAUUCCAUUUCUGUCGGAAUCGUAGCGGAACACGUUAAUGGAACAAAGCUCUCCAGUUUUUUGGAGCAGGAAAUGCCAGUUCCAAUAGACCAGCUCCGAAACUACACCUCUCAGCUCCUGUUGGCUCUGGACUAUUUGCACAAUAAUUCGGUGGUACACAAAAUCCUGUGUGCUUCUAGUGUACUGGUAACCAGUGAUGGCAGAGUAAAAUUAACAGACUAUAGCCUUUCCAAACGCCUUGCGGACAUAUGCAAGGAGGAUGUUUUUGAACAGACCAAAGUCCGUUUCAGUGAGGAUGCCCUUCCAAGUAAGACAGGGAAGAAAGGAGAUAUAUGGAAGCUCGGUCUCUUAUUAUUAUCACUUAGUGAAGGAAAAGUGGCAAAGGAGUAUCCAGUAAAAGUGCCCAAUGAAUUGCCCACUGACUUCCAGGAUUUCCUGAAUAAAUGUGUUUGCUUAGAAGACAAAGAACGCUGGAGCACUCAGCAGCUAUUAGAUCACAGCUUUCUUAAGCCUCCACCUCCGAAAUCUAGUGAGAGCGAAGAAAGUCCGAAUGAUUUUACAGGUGUGGACUGCACAGGGACUGUCACACCCAGCAUUCCUAUAUCUAAUUCCACAUUCCACGUAGAAUCACAGAGCCAUUUUUCUCGCUAUUUCAGUGAGUUUGAGGAAUUACAGAUGCUCGGGAAGGGGGCCUUUGGUGCUGUUCUUAAGGUACAAAACAAGUUGGAUGGCUGCUAUUAUGCUGUGAAACGGGUUCAAAUAAAUCCUGCUAGUAAGCAGUUUAGAAGAAUAAAAGGUGAAGUUACACUACUGUCUCGACUUCACCAUGAAAACAUAGUCCGAUACUACAACGCAUGGAUUGAGAGACACCAACGUCCAGCUGCUGCUUCUGCUGCUCCAAAAGUAGAUUUUCCUGGUGAUACCAAAGUGACUGUGAAGCCUGAGCAAUGUGUGAAGAAUGAGCUCGGGUUGUUAGACAAUGUGGAGGAGAAUGCACCUGCCCCCAUCAUGACCAGUUCUGUUGAGUGGAGCACUUCCUGUGACCGCUCAUCAAGCGGGCACCACAAGAGCUCUGAUCAGGAUUCAAGUGAUGAAGAUGACGAUGAUGAAGAGGGAGUCUUUUCACCAUCGUUCCUGCCGGGAUCAGAUUCAGACAGCGAGAUCAUCUUUGAAAACGAGGACCUGAAUAGUCCUGAUCAGGAUGAGGAAUGUGCCAAAAGCCUUAUAGAAGAUCGAAGCUCCUCUCCUGAGACUGGUCAGACAGUGCAUUACUUGUUUAUCCAGAUGGAAUAUUGUGAGAAAAGCACAUUACGGGACACAAUAGACCAAGGGCUAUACCUGGAUAUCAGCCGCCUCUGGAGAUUAUUUCGAGAGAUUUUGGAUGGUUUAGCUUAUAUUCAUGAACAAGGCAUGAUUCACAGAGAUUUGAAACCUGUCAAUAUCUUCUUAGAUUCUGAAGAUCAUGUGAAAAUAGGGGAUUUCGGCCUGGCGACAGACCACCCUGCCUAUGUUACUGACCCAAAGCAAGUAGAAGAAGACCAGCUCCAUGUUCACUUGGCUAAAAUUGAUCCUGAAGGAAAGCUCACUGGUAUGGUUGGCACUGCUUUGUAUGUCAGUCCAGAGGUUCAAGGGAACACCAAAGCAUCCUAUAAUCAGAAAGUGGACCUUUUCAGUCUGGGUAUAAUACUGUUUGAGAUGUCCUACAGACCAAUGGACACAAGCUCAGAAAGGAUAUCCGUGUUAAGCAAACUAAGACAGGCACCUAUUGUCUUCCCAGCUGAUUUUGACACAAAAGAAAAUGAAAAGCAGAGAAAAGUAAUGACUUGGCUUCUCAACCAUGACCCUGCAUCUCGUCCCACCGCCAUGGAGCUGUUGAAAUGUGACCUUCUACCUCCACCACAGUUAGAGGAAUCUGAGCUCCAUGAGGUUUUACAUCACACGUUGGCCAACAUUGAAGGAAAAGCAUAUCGUACAAUGAUGAGCCAGAUUUUUGCCCAGCGCAUUUCUCCUGCCAUGGACUACACUUACGAUAGUGAUAUGUUCAAGGGAAGUUUCUCUACACGCUCGGCCAAGAUCCAUCAUCAUGUUUGUGAAACAGUUUGCAGAGUAUUCAAACGGCACGGAGCAGUGAAGCUGCACACACCAUUGCUGAUGCCCAGAAGUAAAGCGCUGUCGGAUGGUGGGGAAUCUGCAUGCUUUUUGGAUCACAGUGGAAUGCUCGUAACACUUCCCUACAACCUUAGAAUUCCCUUUGCGCGGUUUGUUGCGCGAAAUAAUAUUACAAAUCUAAAAAGAUACUGUAUUGAGCGAGUUUUCAGACCACGAAAACUGAACCGAUGCCACCCUAAGGAACUCACAGAAUGUGCAUUUGAUGUCAUUACAUCCUCUUUGAAUAGCCACUUACCCAUUGCAGAAACCAUAUACACCAUAUUUGAGGUUAUCCAAGAAUUUCCAAUUUUACAGGAAAGAAAUUACAGUAUUUACGUAAACCAUACAUCUAUACUGAAAGCCAUUCUUCUUCAUUGUGGUGUGCCAGAGGACAAACUAACGCAGGUCUAUAAUAUUCUGUAUGAUGCAAUGAUUGAAAAGUUGACAAAAAGGGAAGUGGAAGCCAAAUUUUGCAAUCUCUCUCUUUCUGAGAACAAUUUUCAGUUGAAUCGCUUGUAUCGGUUCAUCGAACAGAAAGGCGACCUUCAAGAUUUGGGGCCAAUGAUGGCUACUCUUACCAAGCAGAAAUCGGCAGUUGGCAUAUUGGCAAAACAAGGUUUAAAAGACCUAGAGGAGGUCAUUGGGCUGGUGAAGAGACUUGGCAUUAAAUUACAGAUUAUUGUGAACUUCGGACUGGUGUAUAAAAUGCAGCAGCAUAGUGGGAUCAUUUUUCAGUUUAUUGCUUUUAUUAAGCGCAGGCAGAGGAUUGUUCCUGACAUACUUGCAGCUGGUGGAAGAUAUGACCAUCUGAUUUCCCAGUUUAGAGGACCUCAGACUGGAGCGUUGUCUCUACCUUACGCUGUUGGUGUUAGCAUAGCAAUAGAUAAGAUAUGCGCUGCACUCUCCAGUUCUGAUGAAUAUGUGAGCAGCUGUGACUUGCUAGUUGUAAGUGCCGGGCAGAUGUCUGUAAAUAGAGCAAUCAUAAUCAUUCAGAAGCUGUGGACUGCGGGCAUUACAGCUGAGAUCAUGUAUGACUGGUCAGAGUCCCAAGAUGAAUUACAAGAAUAUUGCUGGCUUUCUGGGAUUACAUACGCAGCAAUUAUCUCGGACAAAGAAGGAAACCACAUCAAGUUGAAAACAUUUGAAAAGGACAGGCAAAGUGAGAAGAGAAUAUUAGAGGCUGACUUUGUGGAUCACCUGGUAACAAAACUUCGGCUGAAAUCCUUUGAAGAAAGGAACAACAGAGAAGUAUCAGACAGUGUAUCUGUUCAGAAUGUGAAGGGAUCUUUUUCAAAUUCGCAGAGUGUGUUUGAACAGCACAGCGCUACCCUAACCCCCAACGUCAGUGUUAUUUCUCCAGAAAAGUUGUCUUCAAGUGCAAAACGCCGGUUUGAAACGCAGGUUCUUUCAAAACUCCAGACAUUUAUAACGCAAUUUCAGCAGAGAAACAGUGAGAUUGAGAUUCUGGCUGUUGACAUGUCAAAAGAAGCCAUUCAGAAUUUGCUGUCCCUGGAGUUUGGAGACGAGCAAACCUUUAAUGCGUCUGUGAAGCCACUGAUGUCUCGAUUGCCAAAGCAAAGGUAUCUGAAACAAGUGUUCGAUGAAAUUUACACCAUCAAAAUUGAAAAGAGAGUGCCAGUGCUGGUGUUGUACAGUUACAGAGACGAUUACUACAAGAUUCUCGUUUAGUCAACAUCCAAGGAGUGGGAAACGGCAAGUUUUUGUUAACUCAAUGUUUUAACAAAUUCAGGACAUUUUCAUCUCUUGAGACUAAAGUACUGUAAAUUUUAGGUUCUUUUUUUUUUUAUUAUGAGACUGUGAGCUUACAUUUUGAAAAUGUUUUACAAUCAAAAACUGCAGCUUGGUUCCUCUUUACAAAGAAGAUAUUCUAUUUUUUUUUUUCUUUUUAUUAUACAUUCCUGAAAAGGGUACGGGUAGGGGGGGGAGAUACAUUUAUCUUGGCAAAAAGGAUCAAGCUGGUUAUCCUAAGCAAUCAAUGAAUUUUAAGUGUUAAACCUGAUAUUGAUGGUUAAUAAAUUGCCAUUUUUUAGACACCGUAUGAAUAAAUAUUUUUCUUUAGUA